UCCGCCUGUCCUGCCCACUGCCACCAUGCUGGCCUCAGGGAUGCUCCUGGUGGCUGUGCUGGCCUGUCUCAGCAUCAUGAUCAUAAUGUCUGUGUGGAGGCAGAGGAGGCUGCUGAGGAAGAUGCCUCCAGGGCCCACGCCCCUGCCCUUCCUUGGGAACUUUCUGGAACUGGACACAGAGAAGCUUUAUGACUCCCUCUUAAAGAUCAAGGAGCAGUACGGGCCUGUGUUCACCAUCCACCUGGGCCCUCGUCCUGUUGUGGUUCUGUGGGGGUAUGAUGCAGUGAAGGCGGCUCUGAUGGACCAGGCCGAGGAUUUCAGCGGCCGGGGAGAGCAAGCGUUCUUAGACUGGUUCUUCAAAGGCUAUGGCGUGGUGUUCAGCAAUGGGGAGCGGGCCAAGCAGCUCAGGCGCUUCUCCAUCGCCACACUGCGGGACUUCGGCUUUGGCAAGCGUGGCAUCGAGGAGCGCAUCAUAGAAGAGACAGGCUUUCUCAUACAGGCCUUUCGGGACACAAACGGUGCUUGCAUAGACCCCACCUUCUUCAUGAGCCGAACAGUCUCCAAUGUCAUUUGCUCCCUCGUGUUUGGAGACCGCUUUGAGUACGACAACAAGGAAUUCCUGUCACUGUUGGGCAUGAUGAUGCGGAGCUUCCAGUUCACAGCCACUUCAGCUGGACAGCUCUUUGAGAUGUUUUCUUCCGUGAUGAAGCACCUGCCAGGAUCACAGCAUCAGGCCUUCAAGGAGAUUCAGGGGCUGGAGGACUUCGUAGCCAGGAAGGUGGAGCAGAACCAGUGCACCCUGGAUCCCAAUUCCCCCCGGGACUUCAUCGACUCCUUCCUCAUCCGAAUGCAGGAGGAGAAGCAGAACCCCAAAACUCAGUUUCACAUGAGGAAUCUGUUGAUGACCACAUUGAACCUUUUCUUCGCGGGUACUGAGACGGUCAGCACAACCAUGCGCUUCGGCUUCCUGCUGCUCAUGAAGAACCCUGACAUUGCAGCCAAGAUGCAUGAAGAGAUUGACCGGGUGGUUGGCCGGAACCGGCCCCCCAAGUACGACGACCGGAUGGAGAUGCCCUACACUGAGGCUGUGGUCCAUGAGAUACAGAGAUUUGCAGACAUACUACCUUUUGGAUUUGCUCAUAGUACCUAUAAGGACAUCAUGUUUCAAGACUUCCUCAUCCCCAAGGGCACUGAUGUGUGGCCUGUACUGAGCUCUGUGAUGAAAGACCCCAAGUUCUUCUCCAAACCCAACGACUUUAACCCUCAGCACUUCUUGGAUGACAAGGGGCGGUUUAAGAAGAGCGAUGCAUUUAUGCCCUUUUCCAUUGGAAAGCGGUACUGUUUUGGAGAAAAACUGGCUAAGAUGGAGCUCUUCAUCUUCUUCACAACCAUCAUGCAGAACUUCAGCUUCAAGUCCCCACAGGCGCCCCAAGACAUAGAUGUGUCCCCACAAUAUGUCGGCUUUGCCACAAUCCCACGCAAAUUCACCAUGAGUUUUCUGCCUCGCUGAGCCAGGACUCUGUGGGGUGGAGGGAGUGAGCAUGCCCAGAAAGAGGUCAGGGCUAAUAGAGUUGGGAAUAAAGGACAACAUGAAAAGUAGAUGAAAGUCUGGGGCCACCUUCCUGAAGACAGGUUCCUCAAAGGUGGGAUGAGAGGCUGGGAAAUCUGUCCCAAGUAUCUGAUAGUCAUAAUUAAAUUUACUGUUGAUUGUGCAAGAA